AAGAGGUAGACGAACCCACUCGCGCGCGAAGAAUCGCCAUGGCCACCACCUUCCUCCUAUCGGCUGUCGUCGCUGCUUGCGCAAUUCUCGCCUGCGUCUCCGCGUCCUCGCCGCGGGUGCUCACCGUCGGCGGCGACGCCAGGGGGUGGAGGCAGCCGGCGCCCGGAGAGGAGACCUACAACCACUGGGCCAGCAGGAGCCGCUUCCACGUCGGAGACCUCCUCUACUUCAGGUACGCCAAGAACGACUCGGUGCUGGUGGUCACCCUCGACGACUACAAGGUGUGCCGCGGCGACCGGCCCGCGCUGCGGCUGGACGGCGGCGAGGAGGCCAGGUUCCGGCUCGAGCGGAGCGGCCCCCUCUACUUCAUCAGCGGCGCGCCGGGGCACUGCGACGCCGGGCAGAGGCUCACCGUGCGCGUCAUGGCGCAGCACGACGACUCCGGUGACGCUGCCUCGUCCCCGGCGGAGGACCCCGCUCUGUCUCCCAGCGGCACCUCGACGACGCCCGGAGCGGUGCCUAAGACGCCGCCGCGCGGGAAGGCUGGCAACGGGAAGACCAGCGCCGCGGCGUCGUCGGUUCGCGCGUCUGCCAGUGGCUACCAUGCCCUUGCCGUCGCUCUGGGAGCGGCAAUGAUGCUGGUCUUGGCAUGAGAUGCUCGCUGCAUUGGCGUGCAUUGUGCACGCACGCACGUGUGUAGUUCGUUCGUUGUGGUCUUGUAGACAUUUAUGUUCAAUUUUCAGCUAGCUAGUGUGUAGUGUGUUCUUCUUUAUCUGUUGUAUCUAGCCAUCAGCAUACACUCAGAUCGAUCGAUCGAU